GUCGGAGAUUGUGUCUGCCGUUCUUGGGGGAUUAUUAGUAAACGGGUGCUGUUGUGAAUACCCUCUACCUCAUCAUACACCCAUUUACCUUCUUUUACUGGAACGACACACAACACACUAAUCUCACCUUCAUUCACCUUGCCUUAUACUUCGACUGGUCAGCCUGGUAUCGUCGGAUGUUCGCCCAUCAUGGAGGAAAGGUCUGAGUCGCGAGCUUCAGGUACAACAUACCAUAGCUUCGCAGACACGGAGUUGUUUGAACCCAUGUCUCCCCCUCGACCACCUGUCACCCACGAUACAACCAGUCUUCAACACCUCGAGCAUCUUCAACAUGAGCUUCAGCGCCAGCAGUGUGAAGCUCCGAGUAGCAGGGACUGGGUGAGAGAGCGUCGACCUGGCACAGCAAAGAUGCAGCGACAGGAUUCGGGCUAUGAGUCAAACACGCCCCGACGAACCUCUACUUCUAAUACUUCCCACGGCGGGUCUACUAGUAACAACGCUCACCUUCUUGUUGGCCGACGCUCGUCAAAUGGUUCUUCCAAGGAUGGUAGUGGGAGUGGUAGUAGCAACGGCUCAGGAGUCAGAUCUCGUUUCCGAGAUCGUCGCCCUUCACUCCGUCGAGCAGCAAAGACUCACCCCGUUCAACCAACACGCACAUCCAACCAAUCCCUCCACCUCGUACGCACCGCAACAGCUACUUCUCCACCCAAGCAAUCCGCCGCAUUCUUCCACUUCCCAUCGCCAGAUCCCAUCCAGCUCGCCGACACCGUUCCCGACCGCCGCGUUCAACCCACGCCCAUUCCCUCACCACCGCCUCAGACAACACACUACUGGACCAGCGACCGCACCCGCCGUCUUGAGUACGCUGCCAUCGACGCUGCGACGCGCGGCGUGAAAGGCUGGGUGCUCAGACAUCUUGUCCCGGAUUGUUUUGUGUCGUGCGAGAAUAAACAUGUCUCGUUCGAUGAUGAUUCGGGCAGCGUGAGAAGGUAUAGACUUGAACUUGAGGAUGAUCAUGCUGAGAAGGCGGGAGGAAAGUCUGUGCGGCGACGCAAGGGAUGGAAAUUCUGGCGCCGCAGAAAGGUCGAUGCUCAACCUACGGCCUACAUCUGAACAAACCCAACCACGAACAAAGAAACACCCCUACACCCGCAUAUCACAUCGCAUCGCAUCGUUGGCGUUAUAUACCCGUUGGCUUUUACAUCGAGUUAAUUUUACAGAAGGACACCUGCAUGAUACAAGAAGA